AUGCCUCAUUUUACUUCAAUACAUGCUGAGUUAGAUUUAUGGGAAUUAUUUUGGAAAAACCAGUCAAGUAUUCCUACAACUGUUGCUGGUACUUUAAAGUCCAUUGACAUGAGAGGUUUUCCAAAUAUAAGGACAGCAUUUAUAAUUUUAGAAACAAUUCCAAUAACAACUUGUGAAUGUGAAAGAAGUAUUUCAGUUAUACGUAGGCUAAAAAUAUACUCCAGAAGUAAUAUGAUUGAGUCUUGCAUUAACUCUUUAGCAUUAAUGUCCAUACAUCAAGAAAUUUUUCCAGAUGUUGAAAGAGUUAUUGACAUUUUUUCAAAGUCAUGUGAAAGACGUUUAGAGUUAGCUUUUAGUAGCUUUUAUUUAGUAGUGUACUAA